CAAGACAUAAUACGGUCCUUCACCCUACCCCAUUAUAAGAAAAUAUGAAGAAAAGAAGUGGGUUCCUUCUUUGUUGACGUUCACCAGCCUACCUGGUGGCUGUCUCCCACUUGACGGACCGCGAGAACUCUUCCCGCAUCGCAGAGAAGUAAAACUCUCGGACGUUUUCCGAUCUCCAACAGUCCCGAACUUGUCCCCGUCAACGCGCGAACUCGUUAGGUCCCGCAACUGGUAACUAGCGUAUCGGCUCAGCCACUUCCUGAUCUCGUUUCUUUCUAGACACAGAGAGAAAGAAAGAAAGGAAGACGCCACUCUGAAUUCAAUGCCUGAUACCUCCUGGACACGAGAAACGCUUGUCCGCGUGAUCAAGCGAGAACACCGAUAAGAUCAAGAAAGCAAAGAACAAACGUCAAAAACAAUAGGGAUACCUUGCGUCUGAUCACACGAGAGAAAUUUUUUAAGGGGAAGGCAGAAUUCAUCUUUAUUUAUAAGGAUUGUCGACUAAGAAAGGCUGCCAAGAGAGCAACUGUAAAUUAGGCAAGAGAGGAUUUUCUGAUGUACCGGUGGUGAAAUUUGAUAGAAGGAUACAACAGGUGCUUCAUCGUAGUGUGGACGUCGAUUUAAAGCCGGGAACAGAGUUUAUCCUUCCGUGAUGAGGCAGAGAUACUUCUUGUGCUUUUUGUGGACCGCAUUGAUACUGCGGGGAGACAUCCUUGUGGCAGCUGAGGCCGAUCCAGCAAUUUUAAAUGGUGCUGACUUGCCCCAUCUUCAACAGGGCCACAUCGUGAACGAUCCGCGACCUCGUCUCUCGGCUUCCCAACAAGCCCAGAUACUGAGCGAUGUGCAGCAACACCAGCAACGAUAUCGGCAACGUCCCACUCAGGACUUCAAGAAUCCGCGAGUAAAUUUUCCCACAUUCGAACAAGCACAGUCCAGUACGCCAUUCUCCUCCCUGGCCAAAUAUAAAGUUGAUCGAGCGAAGCAACAAUUGCAACAGUUGCAGCAGCAGCAGCAACAAGUGCAGCAGCUUCUGCAACAACAACAACAAAAGGUCGCCCAACAGCUCGGUACUUCAAACUUCGUGAACGGUGGUGAAGGCGGCAUACAAUCGCCGCAAUUUCAACGGCAGCAAUAUCUGCAACAACAACAGUACAACAACCACUACAAUCAGAAUGGUUUCCAGAAUCUUCGACAAGACUUGUCGCAACCGCUGUUCAGCAAUCAGCACACAAUACAGUUACAGGAGUAUCUCGAGAAGCAACGUGAGUUGGAGUUACUCCAGAAACAGCGGCAGCAAUUGCUGUACGAGCAACAGGAAUUGCGUAGGCAGCAGGAAUUGCUACGGCUUCAGCAACUUCAGAGGCUCACCUCCACUACACCAUCUCCACCGACCACGAUAUCAACUCCGAUCGCUGUCAGCACCACUUCCGUGCCGUUGCUGCUGUCCUCACCGACUGCGCGACGUAUUACGCCGUCGGAAGCGGAACUUUUUCUUAAAGCAAUUGCUAACCAUCAAAAGAAAUACACAACGACAGCAGCGAGCACAAUUGCAACGGCUACUACAACCACUACUACACCUCCACCAGCCAGACGUUUAAUUACUAAUACUCAUCGAGAGACGGAUAUACCAGAAAACCUGCUCAGCCUGGUCCAAGAUCAAGAGAGUCAACUGUUGCAGCAAGGCAAAUCGAAGCCACAAAUUAAAGUAAUCUAUCAGACCGAAAAACCUAGUACAGCUAGACAGAAUUCUGGCGGUAGAAGCAGGAGUUCUCAACUAUCCGAGCGGGAACUGUUGCUGAAGCAACUCAAACUCGCUCUAGCUCAGUCCGGCGAUGAUGACGUUGUCAGGAAUGUCACUACUAGGGAUCUGAUAUUGCCAAAUGGCAAAAAAAUUCAGGUCAUUCACGCGCCAAACGGCUUAUCUUCCAUUUCACCUAGUGGAAGUCCCACCAUUUUAACAUCGGCUGUGCCGUCCUCGACGACUAUCAAGCCACCAAAAGCACUCUUCGAGGAGUUGACGAAGGGUGGCGUGCUGCCACCGGGUGCCGAUUUUGAGGUCAUCCGACAGAAAAGCGAUGGCAAGCUCGAGGAAGUCGGUAAAACACCGAUCAUUCAAAAUCUACCAGCGAAGAAGGUCACGUUCGUCCUGCUGGAGGAGCAGCCAGACGGUAGUUACAAAGUGCAAGGUGUCAAGGGUAAUGCCAACGACAAGGAGAGCGGUAGUGACGUCGAAUCCAUCGUUGAAAAGAUCAAGAAGGGCGAACUAAAGCUGCCACCCAGCUCUCUUGGACCGACCACGCAAUCUUCCACGCUAGAACACCUCGAAUCCAACCUCGAUCCGAAUCUAAUAGUGUCCACUGGUACAUCCAGGACACCAGUAUCAUCUGUUCACUCCGUUAGCACGACGGCGGCGACCUUCAGACCCACCACCGUCAGAUCUACCUCGACCAGAUACAGCGAAAGCAAGUCGUCAACGACGGAAUACAUUCCUUACGUCACAGUAUCGCCGAAUUCGGUGUCCACGACUGACAAAUACGUGACCUCGGCGUCCAGCGUCACGGGACACGUGUACAACGCUUUGAAUCCUAGCCCGACGAAGACGACCCUGUCAGAUCACAUUCCGAGGGUGACUACCAAGUACUCGUCGUCUACCAGAAGCCAGUUCAUUCCAACGAUGGCACCGGUGAACGAAAUUGUAACGACGACGGCAACGACUCCGACAUCUUAUCACACAUCAAAUUCUUACGCCUAUUUCUCCAAACAUUCGUCCCCAGAGACCUCGGCGGAAGCCGUUAAGUCUCAAACUUUACAGGAAAAUCUAGCUACAUUAUUGAAAAGAGAGGGCCUCUACGCUAUGGCGAAGUAUCUGAGACAGUCGGGAUUGGACACCGUGUUGAAUGAAACUGGUCCAUAUACCAUAUUCAUUCCUACGGACAAAGCCUUCAGGACGUUACUGGUGCAGCUGGGAGGACCAGAGAAAGCUGAGCAGAAGUUCCACGACAAUCCGAGACUUCUAAGUGGGCUCCUUCUUCAUCACGUUAUACCGGGGGCCUUCAGAAUAGAUUCUCUGCAGGACGAGAUGACCGGCGUCAGUCUCGCAGGAACGCAAUUGCGAGUGAACGAGUAUGCGAUGCAGGAUCACGAAUGGAACGAUGUAAAAGUAACGACGAUAAACGGGGCGCGUGUCGCGCCCAAUAAACGAGAUAUUGAGAUACCCCAAGGUAUUGCCCACGCCGUUGACAGGGUCAUGUUCCCGCUGCCGGUCGGCGAUUUGGUGCAAACUCUGCAAGCCGAUCGCGAGAGGAGGUUCACUACGUUCCUCAGAAUGCUACACGUGUCGGGUUUGGAAGACACGCUCACAGGGCCGAAGACGUUUACUAUCUUUGCACCGACCGAUUCUGCUUUCACCGAUACGUCCACAAAGAACGGCGUCCCAAUUUGGACCGAGGAGGAUGGGCCGGAAGCAGCGAAGACGAUAAUUUCACGACACGUCAUUCCCACGACUCUUUAUACGGCUGGAAUGAGAUAUUAUAUUCAAAAAGAUACCCUUCGUCCACAGUCGCCAAUUCAUAUUCACAAAAACGGUGGACGAGUACGAGUAAACGAAGCACAUGUCGUAACGCAUAAUGUGCCAGCAACGAACGGUGUGUUACAUGCUAUUGACGGUGUACUAUAAAACGGUAGUUCGUAAUGAAUGCAAAUUGACGAUUAAGAUGCACAAGUUGCAAUCAUGCAGGUGAUAAUUGUUUGAUAAUUUAUAACAUUAAACGCAAUCGUAUUUAUAAUUUCUGAAACACUAAAGAACUCGAUAUAUCAAGUGAAUAUAAAUUACUUGCGUAAAUGCGGCGAAAUGUGUGGCUUAAAUUGAAUUGUAUCAAAGUGAUUAUAAACUCUAUAAACAGAUCGUCGUACUGUGCGAUUAGAUUCAAUCACCGACAAAUUGAAAUGAAUAUUAUGCCAUAGGUGUCGCGAAAUCAGAGGAAAAAGUAACGAGACCAUUUUAACGUAUGUGUAUACAUAUUAAUUUAUAUAAGAUAAGCAAAAAAAAACCAGAGAUUCGUAUACUCGUGCCAUGAGACUCAUGAGCAAGAGUACGGGAUAUUAAUCACUGUUGUAUAGAAUGGUAAUGCAAUAUCAUGUUUAGUUCUUAUAUAGUUCAUAUCUUUUUAUAAAUAAAU